UAUGAUACAGUAGAUUUCCAGGAACUUCUAUCUCAAGUUGAAAUAGACUAUGAUAAGGCUUUCGCUAUAACUACAGAAGUCAUUGCCAUGGAGAUUAUCAAUAGAUUACUCAUUACCAUGUUUGAGACAAUGUGUUUAAGACAUGGCAUUGGCACCAUUGGAGGAGCUACACCAGGAAAACGGCUCCUAGGGCUGAAAUUAAUAAAAGCAGAACAAAUCAUUGACAGAGGAAAUGGAUUAAUUCUCGUUGCCCCAGCAACAGACGUAGGAUGGAAGGGAGCAUUUAUCCGGUCAGCUAUCAAGAACUUUACUAUUGCUUUUUUCUUGCCAGCCUGUCUGACACUAUUUUUUCAUAGUCAUAAUCGUACGGUUUACGAUGUCUUAACGAAAACUGUGGUCGUUCAAAAUGCCCCUCGGCAACCACAGAAUCAUUGA